GAGCGCCAUGAUUGCUGACUAUACGUACUGGCUGACAGGAGGCACUGAGCAGCAUAUAAGCAAGCUCAUCAAACUGUAUUGGCAGGCUAUGAUUGAAGAAGCCAUCACUAGAGAAGAAUCUUUUUCAGUUAUGUACACACCAUUUGUGACAGAAGUCAAGGCUGACAAAAUAAACAAGAUAAAGGACAUGUUUGCUGAAAAGCACCCUGAUUACGUGGAGCACAUAUAUACAGAUCCUCAUGGACUUCACAUCUUGCCACAGAUGGCUGAGUGGCCGUCUCUGCUGCCCCAGCGGUACUUACUGACUCUGGGUUUCAGAAACAAACAUAUUGGAAAAAUCUUGGAAAGGUGGUCAAAUAGAAAACUGCCAAUCUUUUCAGACCGGAAAGCACCUUUCAGUCCUCUCACAAAAGAAGAAACAAAAAGAUAUUGGGAUAACACUGGGAAAAAGAUCGUGCCAGUAAUGGAUUUUAUAAGAAGCACCAAAUUAACUGACAAUCUCUGUGCAUGUUCACGUGGGAUAGAGAAGUUGCAUUACGCCAGCCUCCUCGGCCGUUUGCAGAGAGUCGAGGAACGGUCCCAAGUGAUUAAUCAAGCGAUGGCUGAGCUAGCAACCAUUCCCUACCUGCAGGACAUUAGUCAGCAGGAUGCCGAACUGCUGCAGUCGCUAAUGGCAGAUGCCAUGGACACCCUUGAAGGAAGAAGUGAUAAAGGACGUGUGUGGAAUAAAAUUCAGAAGAUUGGACUAAUUGAAGACUACUUAUACCAAGUAGAAGACAAUUACUUAAAGAACAAAAGGCUGAGAACAGCUAGGACGGAAAAAAUGAAAAUGAAGAGGACUCAAAGUACACAGCAACAUCAGAGCCUAGGAAAUACAGAACUGUCCCUUACCAGCCCUAAAGACAUGGCCACAUAG